AAGUCUAAAGCAGCUCCCAAAUUAACCCAUUUGUUAAUUACCCUACAGUCGGCACUCGGCAGUCCAGAAGCAACCCUCCAUAAAGUCAGCAGUAAACACUUCCCUCCCCCGGAGAGAAAGAAAAAGAGAGUUCAACUCGAUCUGAUCGGGUUCUAAAAUCUGAAGAAAACCCACCGGGGGUGUUAGUUGAGAAUGCACGCAAAGACGGACUCAGAGGUGACGAGCCUCGCACCGUCGUCGCCUACUAGAUCUCCUCGACGGCAAGUCUACUACGUGCAGAGCCCGUCCCGGGACUCCCACGAUGGGGAGAAGACGACGACGUCGUUCCACUCCACUCCGGUGCUUAGCCCCAUGGGCUCCCCACCUCAUUCCCACUCCUCCGUGGGUCGCCACUCCCGCGAGUCCUCCACCAGUAGGUUCUCUGGGUCUCUCAAGCCCGGAUCCCGCAAGAUCUCGCCCAACGACGGCUCGCGCGACGGCCAAAGGAAGGGUCAGAAGCCCUGGAAGGAGUGCGAUGUGAUUGAAGAAGAGGGGCUUCUUGAAGAUGAAGAUCGUCGGAAGGGUAUCCCUCGGCGGUGCUAUGUUCUCGCUUUUGUUCUUGGCUUUUUUGCUCUCUUCUCAAUCUUUUCCUUGAUUUUAUGGGGUGCCAGUAGGCCUAUGAAACCCCAGAUCACAAUGAAGAGUAUAACAUUUGAGCAGUUCAAGAUUCAAGCGGGUUCAGAUUCUACAGGGGUGGCCACUGAUAUGAUUUCCGUCAAUUCCUCAGUGAAAUUUACCUAUCGUAACACUGGCACAUUCUUCGGGGUCCAUGUUACAUCAACACCUCUAGAUCUAUCUUAUUCCCGACUCACCGUAGCCUCUGGAGCGGUGAAGAAAUUUCAUCAAAAAAGGAAGAGCCAAACAACAGUUACUGUGGCAGUGAUAGGUGAUCAAAUUCCCCUGUAUGGAGCCAGUUUGAGCAGUUCAGCGGGGACGGCGACUCCGCCGGUGCCUCUGAAAUUGAACUUCGUGAUUCGAUCUCGAGCCAACGUUCUGGGGAACUUGGUCAAGCCCAAGUUCUACAAGGAGAUUGAUUGUUCUGUCACCUAUGAACCGAAAAAGCUCAACGUAGCAAUCUCUCUCAAGAAUUGCACGUAUGAUUGAUACAGGUCUGGAGCGAAGCGAUGAAAAAAAUGCAAUAGUCCUUUUUUAAUAAUUUAUUGUUUAAAUUGUUUAUUAGUUCUCUUUGUCGGAGAGAAGUGGAGAGACAGCUCAGCGGUCCACUUUUGAGGUAUGGGCAGGGGAGUGAGGAACGCGGUUUUGUACUUUUUGGCUGCCCAAAUGCCCGAAGAGUGGGAAACAGGUUGGAUUCCGUUGUAACUUGGAGUGAUGGGUGACCUUUUAUUGCAAUUUUAAAUAUAUUUGUAAAAUUAAGAAGUAAUUAUUUGCCGGCCCCUCAAUUAUGUAAUGUCAUUCUUUAGGUUAAUGUAGUGUUAUUAUUAAGUUCAUAAUGAUGCAAUAAGAUUAAUCUUCAGAAUUU